ACGCAGCUUCCCAGAGCUAUUUCCCAGCAGAGAGCCCUGAGCCAUCCCCCUCCCGAGUGCUCCUCAUGUUUCUAUAGUAAUUUCCAGCCAAUGAUCAGUAGGUGUCCACAUCCCCGCUUCCUCACCUCAGCACCAAUCAGCCACACACAGCGACAGGAGAGACGGACCGAGCAAACACUCGGUGUAGCUACACAAUACACCCCGGACCAGCAGGAAACACCUCACCUCCUGCCGCACACCUUCUGCGCCGAGUGAUGUGCUGCUCUCUGUUCGCAGACUGCUAGCGUCUGGAAUCCCUUUCGUCAGGAACCUGUAUCACAGAGGACAUAUGAUGGAGAUGGUACGCAGUUGUUUGUAACCGGCCUCACACUAUCAAAGGUGGAAUUAAAAGAUUGACAUUGCAUUUGCUUGCCACUCAGUCACAGAAAUGUCUAAUAUAAACAAUGCUCUUUGUGUCGAGAAUGGACAAAGCGCAGAGCCUUCUUUAUUACAAAAGGAUAACCUCCAGGAAAGUGGAUUGAACCCUGUUUUGGAUUAUAAUGCUGAAAUGGAAAGGUAUAGAUCUUUUGCAAACUUUUACAAAACCAAUGGGGCAUUUCCACAGACUGCAAAGAUUGCUCGCAUUACAACGCCAAUUUUUCCCAGUGCUAGAAUUGGCGUGUCCCCUUGGAACUGUGAUAAUGCUAUGCUCUGGGGAAGGAAAUCAGCAGCAAUAAACUCUAAUAGGACCAGCAUGCAAAGAAAUGAUUCCCAGAGGCCGGGAAAGCCUGGCGUGCCGCCAGAGACGUUGCAAAUGGCAAAUAAUAAUUUCCUCACUACCUUAUCCCCUGAACACUGCAGACCUUUAGCAGGAGAAUGCAUGAACAAGCUGAAAUGCGGUGCUGCUGAAGCAGAGAUAAUGAAUCUCCCAGAACGCGUUGGAACUUUUUCCGCUAUUCCGGCUUUAGGGGGCAUCUCAUUACCUCCCGGGGUCAUCGUCAUGACAGCCCUUCACUCCCCCGCAGCCUCAGCAGCCGUUACAGACAGUGCGUUUCAAAUUGCCAAUCUGGCAGACUGCCCACAGAAUAAUUCUACGGGAUCCAGCGGAAACCCUGCAAAGAAAAAAAGGAAGAGGUGUGGGGUCUGUGCACCCUGCAGGAGGCUAAUCAACUGUGGGGUUUGCAGCAGUUGUCGGAAUCGUAAAACUGGUCACCAGAUCUGCAAAUUUAGGAAAUGUGAAGAAUUGAAGAAAAAGCCUGGCACAUCGCUGGAGUCAUGCCCAGGUCAGGAUCAACUUUCUCCCACCCGGCUAACACCACAACACCCCUGGGUUGCGAGGACGUCGACCCAGGUUGGCUGUGAUCCACCUCUGCAUAGAACACCUGUCACUGGUGGAGAAGCUUUCAGAUGGUUCUUUUAGAUGAUCAGCCUCCAUAUAAUCAGGGAAACAUGGCGCGCACCAGGUAACAAGUGAGCCUGUUGCAAAAGCACUUGUGGACUUGAAACUGGAGUUCAGCAUUGAAGAAAACUAAACAGUGUGGAGGUGGUGCGACGAUGGUGAAUUAACUCUGUAAUUUCCUUUUCCUGUGUAAUAAUGUACCUUUUGACAGUAUCAUAAUGUAUACUUUUGGUGUCAAUGAAUGUGUUUCAGUGUUGUGACUGUACAAAUAACAGUCAUUCUUAUGUAGCGGACUCAAAAGACAAUCAAGAAGAAAGAGGCCACGAGGAUAAAUAUCUGCAUCAAACACAGUACACCUAGAUUUUGAGCAAUAAUCUUUGGGUUGAUUUUUUUUGCUCUCAGAUUGUUCUUUUUUAAUUUUUAUUAUUAUUUUUACAAUUUUCUCUUUUCUUAGUUUUGUUUCUCUUAAUACAGAUUAUGUGUUUGGCACUUACCUUAACAUUAGUCCAAGGGUAGGGCUUUUUAUGUGUUUUUUUUUCAACUAUAAAUUCAGAAAUUAUUUAUAAGAUGGUUAUAAAAGGGAAUCAAAAUUUUGUAGUAAUCUAUUAUUUGAAAGAACAGGGCAACACUGUCUUGGGUUUUACAUUGCCAGGAAAAACCUGACUGUAUGUUUCCAUUUAUUUUAAAGUUGCAGUCUGACAGAGAACAUAAAAUUCUAUCUUUAUGCUUUUAAAAUUCAAGAGGCAUUUAUGGAAAGAAUGAGGAAUGUGGAGAAAAUAUUUGUCGUAAUUAGAUUUGCUGGUUAAAAUGCUUAUUUUAUUAAAUGGAAAAUCUUAAAUGAUGGUUUGGGUAAAUUCAGUAUUUUAAAUACCCAGGCCGGCAACUGUCAACAAGUAUGUAGGUAUAAAGGAAUUCUUUCACUUAAAGAUUUUGCAAUUUAGUAUUCUCAUAUGGUACCUUAUGAAUAAACUGACAGGUUAUCCUGAAGAAAAGAGGAUUCUGUGUAUCUUCCCACUGCAGAAGCAGCAAAUGUGAUCUGCAUUAAUGUGUUUAAGUGAAACAAAAGUACACAUUCCAAACAAAUUAUUAUUCAAUAAGUUACUCAUUGUCUUAAACCCUGUUGUUGCAUGUAUAAAUAUGUGUUCUGGUUUUAAAGACUAAUAAGAAUUUGUAUAUUGUUGUUGUGAUGCUUUUAUGUGUUAAAUAAAAAAAGACUCUAAUGUUGAUGUAAAGAAAUAAUGGCAAUUUUUAUUCUCACAUGUAAAAUUAAACACUGUUUAUGAGC